GUGCACACACAGUAACAGAGUGGCUAGGCUAAGCUGAGCUAAAAACACGGUGGUAUUUGUAGCUCGGGUUUCUUCGCAGGUCCCACGCACCGUACAGCCUCCUUACUCUGGUGGUCAGCAGCCAACACUUUACCAUGGUCGGUGUCAAAGUAAUUGGCAGCGACCCAGACUUCCAGCCGGAGCUAGCGGCGGCCGGCUCCAGGCUCGCCGUGGUGAAGUUCACAAUGGCCGGGUGCCACCCCUGUGUCAGAAUUGCACCUGCCUUCACCAUGCUGAGCAACAAAUAUCCACAAGUAGUUUUCCUGGAGGUGGAUGUCCACGUCUGUCAAGGCACAGCAGCAGCCAACAACAUCUCAGCCACACCCACUUUCCUGUUCUUCCGAAACCGCGUGAGGGUGGACCAGUACCAGGGUGCCGACGCCAACGGGCUGGAGGAGAAGAUCAGACAGCACACCGAGAAUGACCCAGGCAGCAAUGAGGAUUCUGACAUUCCCAAAGGAUACAUGGACUUGAUGCCCUUCGUGAAUAAAGCCGGUUGUGAGUGUCUGAACGAGAGCGACGACAGCGGCUUCGACAACUGCCUGACCAAAGACGCCUCCUUCCUUGAGUCUGACUGUGAUGAGCAGCUGCUGAUCACCAUCGCCUUCAGUCAGCCCGUCAAACUCUUCUCCAUGAAGUUGCAGUGCUCGGACUUCGCACAGGCCCCUAAACAGGUGAAGCUUUUCAUUAACCUGCCUCGCUCCAUGGACUUUGAUGACGCUGAGCACAGUGAAGCCACUCAGAGCCUGGAGCUGUGUGAGGAAGACUACAAGGACGAAGGCCUCAUACCGCUGCGUUACGUCAAGUUCCAGAAUGUGCAGAGUGUCACGAUGUUUGUAAAGUCAAAUCAAGGAGAUGAAGAGACGACCAAAAUCAACUAUCUCACAUUUAUCGGAACACCAGUCCAGGCCACCAACAUGAACGACUUCAAACGGGUUGUGGGGAAGAAGGGAGAGAGCCAUUGAUGGUCAGCAGUAGGCCGUGGUCCGGACGUGCCAUGUGGACGACAGACGAACUGUUUGUAUGGGCUUCUGUGCAUUUCUCUGUAAAUAAAGUCAGUCUUUUCCAAA